AAGGAUUUUGAGUUCUAUAUAACUAUUAAUGAGUUAACUCGUAUACCUCGAAUCUUAUUUGAAACAAAGGAUAACUAUCCUCUUGUUUUCAAUGAUCUAUUCAAUGCUUAGCGGUGAGUAAUAACUCGAGAGCCAGCUCAACUUACAUAUCAUAGGGCUAUAAAGGAAAACGAAAAGGGUAUUCCCUAUUUCCUCUAUACACAUCCCCAAUCCCAAAAUCAAACACCGAAACCAAUUCUCUAGAAUUAGGGCUCCAUACCUCAAAAAUGGUGAAGAGAAAACCAAUGAUAGUUGAUGAUAUCAAUAUUGAUAAAGAGCCGAUGGACAAUAAUGAUCGAAUUACUCGUUUGCCAAAUGAUGUUAUUCAUUACAUGUACUCCUUAAUGGAUACAAGAUCCAUUGUUCAAAGUAGCGCUCUCUCACGAAGGUGGAUACAUAAAUGGAGAUCCCACCCCUAUCUCAACUUUGAAACCCUUCCUUUCACCAAUAAGAAAUUUCCCAAAUUCAUGCACCGAUUUCUCUCCAAUCGUAAGAAUGAUGCAGAAAUUGUCACCAUUGACUUUCGGUCAACUUCAAUCAGGCUAAGUCUUCUCAAAGAGGUGAUAUCUUAUGCAAUGUCUCACAUUACUCAAAAGAUAAACAUUGAAUACCCGAGUCUUAUCCUAACAAGACGUGGUGGAUUCGAUUUAUCUUUGUUUAGAUCUCAUUUUCUUCAAGAUCUUUGUUUGAAUAUCGAUUUUGAGCUCUUUAAAACUCCAAAUCUCACAUGGGAUUUGCCUGUUUUGACUACUUUGCAUCUUGAAAGGGUUUCAUUCAUGCUGUAUCCUACUGAUAACAAAUCCUUGGAUUUGUUUUCCACCUUUUCAAAUCUGAAGAAUCUUGUCUUGGUUAAUUGUCAAUUAUGGAGAGUUAAUACUUUCUAUAUCACAUCAAGUAAAUUAGAGAAUCUGAGAUUAAACGUUUUUCAUCAUUCAUGUCAGUUUGUGAUCUCAGCACCAAAACUUUCCUCUUUCACAUAUGAUCGCAUGGAUCAUCUGUGUUUGUUGUUAACCAGUGAUUUCAAUUCAUUAGAAAAUGUAGUCUUUCGAACCAUUUAUGACAACAGAUCAAUAGGAGAACAACAAAAGAAUGUUGAAUUCAUGAUCAAUAUAUUUCAUCAAAUGUGUAACACAAAGUUCCUUACUUUGAACACUGCUACAUUGAAGUUUCUUUCAAGUUUCCCUGAAUUACUUGAAAGUAAAGUUUCCCCUUUUGUGAGAUUACAAACUUUGACAUUGAAUGAAAUGCCUCCAUCAUCUGUUGACCUUGCUGAUAUCAUCAGUUAUUUCCGUAGCUGUGUUCCAGAUCGUUUGUUUUUUGUUGAAUAUUAUCCAGAAUUAUCGAGCAUCCUUGACAUGAAAUCCAUUGAAAAAAUCAUCAUCAGGUUUUCUUGAUCUUAUGAUAUCAGAGACUGUCUCUCCUGGUUACCCUUUGUUUCUUUUCAGUGUGUGUGUGUGUGUGUGUGUGUGUGAUAAACUCUAGUCAUGUUUACCUUUUUGGAUUUCUUAUGUUAAAGAACAAUGCUUUGUGUUUUUGGGUACAAAUGUUGUUACUGUUUUAAUCAUGUUAUGGAUACUUUGUUGUUGUGUGGAUCUUCUGGUAUUUGUUAAAAGAUUUUAAUUUUCAAUCAUCA